AUGGCGGGUCUUCAAUACAACUUCUUUCCCACUGAUUUCUUUUACCCUCGCACCGCUCCACAGGCCGUCAACAAACCAGUUGUUCUUCCGCUCCAGACCACCAAACUAGAUCAUGUAGCCGCCGGCGAUCUCGAGCAGCUCAAAGCUUUGGCCAUUCAACGCCGCGGAGUUCAAGCCGUCCAGGUUGCCAAAUCUCCCCCGAUGCAUGGUUGA